UUAGUAUUUUUACAUUGAAUAUAUUUAACAAAUUAUUUUGACUGGGAAAUAAUACCGAAGUCCGGUUUUACCUAUGGCGUUGAAAUCUUUAGGCACGUGGAGAGCUAGAAAUGUGACGCAAGCGAGCGGUGCAUAUUCGCGAACGAUGUUAGUAAGACUAACUCGAUGGAAAUGCGUGUGCGUAUGGAAAACUCUUUGGCUGCCAUGCGCGCAUCCUCUAGAUUCGGUGACAAGCUGUAAGGUUUAGGUCCGGGUGUUCAGUGCAUCGUCACAUGGUUUUUCCGACGUACACGCACUCGGUUGUGCUGUGAGUUUUGACGCGUGUGGCAAUGUGUUUUGUGGCACGCUGAGGAAUUCGGUGAAGAUUAUGCUGAAAUUACAUUGGAGACAAAUGCAGAGCCAUAUCGGUGAUAAUCUGUGCAAUUCAGACCAAGAGAAUUGGAUCCGGAAUAGCUACGAAUACUUCACUAGAGAUAUUCAUAACUACCUUCAUAAUCGGCGAGUCAAAGUAGUGAAUGUUGUGAGGCGUAAUACCAGUUUAGCGGAGAAUUUUGCACAACUCGUAAAGAAUGCCACAAUCGAACGAGUUUUGAAGGAGCGACAGAUGGAUAUAGAUGAGUCCUGGCAUCGCCUUGAAGUUGUGGAUCGCACAGUUGACUUCGAACUGAAUCUUUGUACCACAACGGGUUAUCUUCAAAUGCCACAGACUCCCACUACUAAUCCCAAUGAGAAUUCUUUUGAUCAUAUUGGUGCUACUUCAAUGCGUGAUCAAAAGUCACCUGAGAAACACACCAAACACACAGUAACAGUCAAUGGUGAAGAUACGGUUACUGAAGCAACACCAGAGGAAAAAUAUUACUUUGAGCAUGAUUCCGAGUCACAUGAAGAUGAGGCUUCAGCACACAAGUCUCAGCUGUUACAUUCACGACUGCAACAGCAGCAACUGCAGAUGCAACAAUUGCUACAGCAGCACGUAUUUACACCUACACAGUUGCAACAACUAAUGAAACAGCAAACGCUCUAUGUUCCUCGAGCAUAUGAGCUACAGCGUAAACAGCUCGAAGCAAAUAUGGCGCAACUACAAGAACAACUGCAGAUGAAUUUGUUGCAGCAAACACAUUUUAUACACCAAGAUAAGAUGUCUCCAACACGUAAAAAGCUUUGUGAACCAAAUACAACUAGCACCGUGCCACAGCAGCUUGUUUUGCAGCAGCAAGAGCUUAUUCAGCAACUGCAGAUUAUUCAGCGACAAUAUCUUGUGCAUCAGGGCAUGAGUUUGCAACCGUUUCUACUGUCGCAACAAGGUGUUCGCGAGGGUAGCCCGUGGAAAGAGGAUGGUGGCCGGGCAUACGUAAAGAUGUUCAAUGGAUUAGAUGAUGGUGAAUCACCCACUGAACACGGCGAACCAGAGGAAAACGAGAAGUUUUCACACUUGUUAAAUUCCAUCUACAUCAACCGUCGUGAGGAGCUAGGCAAUGUCCAAGAUGAGCGUGCAGAAGAAAAAACGGAUCACCCGCUUUAUGGCCAUGGUAUGUGUAAGUGGCCAGGAUGUGAAGUCAUCUUUGAUGACAUGACCACAUUCACCAAGCAUCUCAAUUCUGAACACUGUUUGGAUGACAGAUCGACUGCACAGGUGAGGGUGCAGAUGCAAGUCGUGUCUCAACUUGAGAUACAUUUACAAAAGGAGAGGGACAGACUGCAAGCCAUGAUGCAUCAUUUGCACAUAUCAAAUCAAGCAGCUAUAAUAUCGGAUCAUAGUAAAGGAUUUGUACCCUGCGCACCUACUAUACCUAAUGCCAUAUCUGCGACACCGGUGCGAUCACCAACCACCCAUACUGCAAGUAUUGGUCCUAUUCGACGACGUAUCACGGACAAGUCCACACUGUCACUAGCCGGAGGACUUCCCUAUAUGCUGGAGCGCGCCGGAUUAGAUGUGCAACAAGAAAUACAACGAAACCGUGAAUUUUAUAAAAAUGCUGAUGUGCGACCCCCAUUUACAUACGCUUCGCUCAUUCGACAGUCAAUAAUUGAGUCACCAGAUAAGCAGUUGACGCUGAACGAGAUCUACAACUGGUUCCAGAACACAUUUUGCUAUUUUCGCCGGAAUGCUGCAACGUGGAAGAAUGCAAUACGUACGAAUUUGUCGCUGCACAAAUGUUUCGUGAGAUAUGAAGAUGAUUUUGGCAGUUUUUGGAUGGUGGAUGACAAUGAAUUUGUCAAGAGACGGCAUUUAUCGCGUGGUCGCCCGCGAAAGUAUGAUCCAUCGCCCUCACCACAAUCACCACCAAGCCAAGGAGGAGGAGGAGAUCCGCCGACAACCAUCACUACAACCGGAUCCUUCUUACCUAGCAAUUUGACAUCACAUACGCUUCAGUCUACUACUACCAUACAUAGUCCAUCGUUGUAUUCAACUGCUUCUUUUGGCGCCAAUCUACAGAACACAUGGACACCCGGUUUCAUUGAUGACACUUCGAAUUCGAGUUUUCUAAAGCAACAAUCACGUUGUCAAUCAUUAAGUCCCACGGAAGGGCACAGUUAUCCUUCGAAACGACUGAAUGGCGCUAAAUGCGAAACUUCUGAGAUUGAAGAAGCAAUGAUUGAGGAUGAAACAGCAGGACGAGCUGAGGAUCUCAGCGUGACCACGGAGAAUAUGUCGGGGAUACACUGAAUUUACACGCUCAACAUAUCUCAAUUACCAGUCUCUUUUCAUCUAAAUGUGAUAUUUUUGAGUUUUCGUGCAAAAUAAUGUAAACAUUUGUCUCUAAGUGGCUGAGCUCUUUCCCAAAUUAAUCUGUAAUAGAUUGUCAUAUCAAACAUAUAAGCCAAGAAGAGUCAAAAACAAUGAUUGCUAAUAAGUAUAUAUUUCAUUUCUAACUGAUAUGAAAACAGAAAAAUUUUACUUACAGUUACAAACCAUUCUUUAAUUAGUUUCACAAUAUAUUCUCCUGGAGUCAUGCUCAAGACUCAUUUCAGUGCUGUUUGUAAAUAUUUUCACAAUUUGUUUUUCAAAGUUAGGUUAAAUAUUCAAAUCUGUCCUACUACAAAAAAUCCCCAUAAAAUAUUCUGACACAUUUAGAUAUAAUUCACUCCUUUGUCUAUUUAACUGGCGUUUACGCUUCACGACUCCAAUAGAAAGUUAUUUAAAUAACAUAGGAGUUUCAAUAAGGGAGUAACAUUUAUAAAAGAAAAAUAAAGAAUAAUAAAUUAAAUAA